AAAAUUUUCUACUGCUGCAAUUCAAGUUGGCUGGGGGCCGGUAGUGAGAUCUAGGGCUACUUCAACAAAACUUUGCUGCCCUUCCUGCUCUUCUUGUCUUCUUUUCUCCUGAUACCUUUUGAUGCUCUUCACAUGUUAUUUGCAUAGCAAAGGCACUAAGCUGUCCAGGAAGAGAGGGCACCACUUCCACCCCCAAUAAGUCUUUUUUUUUUCUUCCUUCCUUUCUUUUUUUUUUCUUUCCUUUUUUUUUUUUUUUGUAGGGAGGGGGUGCGGGAGAGAAAGGGGGUUUGCAAAGGCAGCAUCUCAGGAUGAUAGCCUGGAUGUAUUGAAGGCAUCUUUUUUCCUGCCAAAUCGGAAAGUCCGUUCUCUAAAGCCCGGGUUAGCCAGACUAUAGGGUUUUAUUCUGGCUGCAGAAUAACUAACUCACUGCUGUGGCUUUGCAAAGGGGGGCAGAAAAAAAAGAGGAGAGGGAGUACGUGAGUCGUCCAGUGCAAUCUCUAUUGUUUGAAACUUACUUUUUAUCAGAAUUUGAAGAUGAAAACGGUUAAAAAAUGGCCAUACUUUAGUGACUAUUCAGCCUAAUGCCCUGCUUAUGAAAAUUUCCAUCAUUCUUUUUUUCAUUUUGGAUUGAGAAAAUGAAUCCAAAUAUUGAAGAAAGUACGAGAUGUUGGGAAAAAAUACCUGCUAAAUAGUGGAACAUCUAAUAACUAAUCUGCAAGAAGUUGUAAAGAAAUAAAAUUGUUAUGCUUCGAUUUUGGUAUGGUAUUGACUCUCUAGAACAUAGGUAGCCCUCUAAAAAAUCAUCCAGUUAUCUAAAUUAUGGAAAUUUUGUGGAAGACGUUGACCUGGAUUUUGAGCCUCGUCAUGGCUUCAUCGGAAUUUCAGAGUGACUACAGGCUUUCAUACAGUUCUCAAGAGGAAUUCCUGACUUAUCUAGAACACUACCAGCUAACUAUUCCAAUAAGAGUUGAUCAAAAUGGAGCUUUUCUCAGCUUUACUGUGAAAAAUGAUAAACACUCCAGGAGAAGACGGAGUAUGGACCCUAUUGAUCCACAACAGGCAGUAUCUAAGUUAUUUUUUAAACUUUCAGCCUAUGGCAAGCACUUUCACCUAAACUUGACUCUCAACACAGAUUUUGUGUCCAAACAUUUUACAGUAGAAUAUUGGGGAAAAGAUGGACCCCAGUGGAAGCAUGAUUUUUUAGACAACUGUCAUUACACAGGAUACUUGCAAGAUCAACGUAGUACAACUAAAGUGGCUUUAAGCAAUUGUGUUGGGUUGCAUGGUGUUAUUGCUACAGAAGAUGAAGAAUAUUUUAUUGAACCAUUAAAGAAUACCACAGCGGAUUCCAAACAUUUUAGUUAUGAAAAUGGCCAUCCUCAUGUCAUUUACAAAAAGUCUACCCUGCAGCAAAGGCAUCUAUAUGAUCACUCUCAUUGUGGGGUCUCGGACCUCCUAAGAAGUGGCAAACCUUGGUGGUUGAAUGAGACAUCUGCUUUUCCUUCUUCACUACCAAAUAAUGGCACACAUAUCCACCAGAGACAGAAGAGAUCAGUAAGCAUUGAGCGGUUUGUGGAGACACUAGUAGUGGCAGACAAAAUGAUGGUGGGCUACCAUGGCCGCAAAGACAUUGAACAUUACAUUUUGAGUGUGAUGAAUAUUGUUGCCAAACUUUACCGUGAUUCCAGCCUAGGAAACGUUGUGAAUAUUAUAGUGGCCCGUUUAAUUGUUCUCACAGAAGAUCAGCCAAACUUGGAGAUAAACCACCAUGCAGACAAGUCCCUCGAUAGCUUCUGUAAAUGGCAGAAAUCCAUUCUCUCCCACCAAAGUGAUGGAAACACCAUUCCAGAAAAUGGGAUUGCCCACCACGAUAAUGCAGUUCUUAUUACUAGAUAUGAUAUCUGCACUUAUAAAAAUAAGCCCUGUGGAACACUGGGCUUGGCCUCUGUGGCUGGAAUGUGUGAGCCUGAAAGGAGCUGCAGCAUUAAUGAAGACAUUGGCCUGGGUUCAGCUUUUACCAUUGCACAUGAGAUUGGCCACAAUUUUGGUAUGAACCAUGAUGGAAUUGGAAAUUCUUGUGGGACAAAAGGUCAUGAAGCAGCAAAACUUAUGGCAGCUCACAUUACUGCAAAUACCAAUCCCUUUUCCUGGUCUGCCUGCAGUCGAGACUAUAUCACCAGCUUUCUAGAUUCAGGCCGUGGUACUUGCCUUGAUAAUGAGCCUCCCAAGCGUGACUUUCUUUAUCCAGCUGUGGCUCCAGGUCAGGUGUAUGAUGCCGAUGAACAAUGCCGUUUCCAGUAUGGAGCAACAUCUCGCCAAUGUAAAUAUGGGGAAGUGUGUAGAGAGCUCUGGUGUCUCAGCAAAAGCAACCGCUGUGUCACCAACAGUAUUCCCGCAGCCGAGGGAACACUCUGUCAAACUGGGAAUAUUGAAAAGGGGUGGUGUUAUCAGGGAGAUUGUGUUCCUUUUGGCACUUGGCCCCAGAGCAUAGAUGGGGGCUGGGGUCCCUGGUCACUAUGGGGAGAGUGCAGCAGGACCUGCGGGGGAGGCGUCUCCUCAUCCCUAAGACACUGUGACAGUCCAGCACCUUCAGGAGGUGGAAAAUAUUGCCUUGGGGAAAGGAAACGGUAUCGCUCCUGCAACACAGAUCCAUGUCCUUUGGGGGCCCGAGAUUUUCGAGAGAAACAAUGUGCAGACUUUGACAAUAUGCCUUUCCGUGGAAAGUAUUAUAACUGGAAACCCUAUACUGGAGGUGGGGUAAAACCUUGUGCGUUGAACUGCUUGGCUGAAGGUUACAAUUUCUACACUGAACGCGCCCCUGCGGUGAUUGAUGGGACUCAGUGCAAUGCGGAUUCACUGGAUAUCUGUAUCAAUGGAGAAUGCAAGCAUGUAGGUUGUGAUAAUAUUUUGGGAUCCGAUGCUAGGGAAGAUAGAUGUCGAGUCUGUGGAGGGGAUGGAAGCACAUGUGAUGCCAUUGAAGGGUUCUUCAAUGAUUCGUUGCCCAGAGGAGGCUACAUGGAAGUAGUGCAGAUACCAAGAGGCUCUGUUCACAUUGAAGUCAGAGAAGUUGCCAUGUCAAAGAACUAUAUUGCUUUAAAAUCUGAAGGGGAUGAUUACUAUAUUAAUGGUGCCUGGACUAUUGACUGGCCGAGGAAAUUUGAUGUUGCUGGGACAGCUUUUCACUAUAAGAGACCAACUGAUGAACCAGAAUCCUUAGAAGCUUUAGGUCCCACCUCGGAAAAUCUCAUUGUCAUGGUUCUGCUUCAGGAACAGAAUUUGGGAAUUAGGUAUAAAUUCAAUGUUCCCAUCACCCGGACGGGCAGUGGAGACAAUGAAGUUGGCUUUACAUGGAAUCAUCAGCCUUGGUCAGAAUGCUCGGCUACUUGCGCUGGAGGUGUCCAAAGACAGGAGGUGGUCUGUAAAAGGUUGGAUGACAGCUCCAUUGUCCAGAACAAUUACUGUGACCCUGAUAGUAAGCCACCUGAAAAUCAAAGAGCCUGCAACACUGAGCCCUGCCCACCUGAGUGGUUCAUUGGGGACUGGUUGGAAUGUAGCAAGACUUGUGAUGGUGGGAUGCGCACAAGGGCAGUACUCUGCAUCAGGAAGAUUGGACCUUCUGAGGAGGAGACACUGGACUACAGUGGUUGUUUAACACACCGGCCUAUUGAAAAAGAGCCCUGCAACAACCAGUCGUGUCCACCUCAGUGGGUGGCUUUGGACUGGUCAGAAUGUACUCCCAAAUGUGGUCCAGGAUUCAAGCAUCGGAUUGUUCUGUGCAAGAGCAGUGACCUUUCUAAAACAUUCCCAGCAACACAGUGUUCCGAGGAGAGCAAACCCCCUGUCCGCAUCCGCUGCAGUUUGGGCCGCUGCCCUCCUCCUCGCUGGGUGACAGGAGACUGGGGCCAGUGUUCUGCUCAGUGUGGCCUUGGACAGCAAAUGCGGACUGUGCAAUGUCUUUCCUACACUGGACAGGCAUCAGGUGACUGUCCAGAAACUAGUAGACCUCCAUCAAUGCAGCAGUGUGAAAGUAAAUGUGACAGUACCCCCAUCUCCAGUACUGAAGAGUGCAAAGAUGUGAACAAAGUGGCUUAUUGCCCACUGGUGCUGAAGUUCAAGUUCUGUAGUCGAGCAUACUUCAGACAGAUGUGUUGUAAGACCUGCCAAGGACACUGACCCACGGAAAGCCAGAGAGAGCGCCUUGUCAUUUCAUCGUGGAAAUGUAUCCAUCACAGAGAGCCACCCAGAGGAAGAGGAUUGAUGUCCUUGCAAAUGCAUUACCCUGUGGAAAACGUAACCACUGGUCAGCCCUAGCUGACAGGAUUUCAAUAUUAUUUUAACUUCUGUGAAGUGGGAUUUAUUGAUCCAAAGUGCUGGACACGGUAGUAGGAGGGAAUGCCAGAUUGGAGAGAUCCAAACAACACAGGGAGACUUGCUUACUGUGGAACCUUUGUGUUCUUUCGAGUAAAUCCAAUAGCCUGUUUACCUCCUUGGACCAUUAAGAUAAUUUUUAUUAUGGACUUAGCAAUGACACUGAAUCCAUUUGUGUUUAAAACUGUUUAAAAUGUAGCUGUUUUGACUUGGUCAACUAUUGAAGUAAAGAAGAUUCAGAAAUCUUAAGUCAUAGCUUAAAAAUAUUUACUAUACUUUAUCUCACUACAACAGCACCACAAUUUAAAUUCUAAAAUGGGCUUUGAACUGUAAUUUAAGGAACAAUUAUAAAUCAGAAGUAAUGAAAGUUUGUAUUAUUUUUCUUCAUUCCACUUAAUUUCCUUAGGAAUAAUCCCCCUGUUCUGAACACUGCUGUGAGCCAUAUAUAAACUAUAUUAAACUGAACAACAAUGAAGGACUUAGUUUAAAGCAGUGCAUCAGUUACUGCGGCUGUGCAAGUCUAUAAAUUCACUGCUCAAAGACUGUGGCCAACUUGCCAUUGUGCAAGUGAAGCUGAGAUUUCCAUUAAAACUUUAAGAGAAAAAUAUGUCAAUUUCAUGCAGAAGCAGACCUGGGGUAUGGUAGAGACUGAAGUACCAGGCCUUUUGCUGCCAGCACACAGGCUGCCUCAGUUCUCAUUUGAGUCACCCCAACUCACUCGUGUUUACAUCCUCUCCAGCCACAGACCGGCUUCUGCCCUGUUGGAUCGUUGCAUAUGCAUGCUGAGCUUGCUGAGAUGAUACCAUGCAAAAGACAGACUGGCUCGGUGACAACCAGGCAGACCCUUUUGCUGACAAUUAUGAUGGGUUCCAGAUGUCCCUUCUUUGAUAUGGCAGAGGGGCAUUUAUUUAUAUGAGAGCAAGUGUGUGUGUGUGUGUGUGGGCGCUUUUGAGUGUGUGGGUAGAUGAGUGUGCUUGCACAUAGAUGUGCUAUUUCUGUGAGUUCUAAGGUAGGCAAGGGACAAUAACCAAAGAAGAAAAACUCAUGAAGACUAGAGAUCAUAAAGCAUCAUUUUAAUAGUCACCUAACCAAGGAUUUUGUAUUUUUUAUGGAUACUCUGAAUGUCAAUUAAAUGUGAAACCCAGUUUCUUGGGUAGCUCAAAUUCUAGAAUCAAAUCCACCUAAAUUAAAUUGACUAGUUCACAUUUUCCCUGUCCACAAGUUUCACAUCACGCUCAUUAAAAAGAUUUGACAGUGAGAUUUUUUAAGAAGAGAAACAAAAAGAGGGUACUUGCUUAUAUGAAUAUGUUGUACUUGAACACUUGCAGCAGGAUCUUGACGAAUGUGUUUUGUGUCCAAAACACGAGUGCACCAUGCGACACCAACACCUCAAACUGAAACCAAAUGGCUACUUUGCAAGAUACUCCUUGCAGCUAAAGAGUGUGCGUGACUUAAACCCUCACUGUGCUCUGAAACGACGUGUCAGGUGUAUCAUACACCGUGACCUAAGAAUGGUUGGUUAGGUUUUUCAGAAAGGAAGAGAAACUCAUACUCUUCAAAAACCAACCUAAACGUCAGGUUUGCUGUGGACAGGCAGCCUGGGACGUUUAUUGCUCGGCAUGCCCAGUCAUGGUCGUCUGUGUCUCCUUGCCUGCUUUCUCUCUCAACACCACAGCUCACGUCCCUGAGUUUCCAGAGGGGGCUGUUGACAGUGGACGAGAGUGGCCAGUGCAUCUCUCUCUGCUGCCUUGGAAGACAGCCCAGGUGCCACCUCAGCCAAUCAGUGAAGGGCAGGCAGCCCGCAAGCACUGACUUCCUUUGGUCCCUUGCAAAGAGCAGUUAACUCGGUGCUAACGUGCCUGGUGAAAUAAAAUAAACCAACAAAGGACAGGUGGUUUCUGUGGCACCUUUUAGACAUAGGUUUGCUGUCAGGAUUUGCUUUUUUCCAACGUAAAUACCAGCUUAUGUUUUUAUUUCAAGAAGAUUUCUUACAUUGCUGACUAGAGGCUCCUUUCCCCCUCACCCAGGAACUAACAUUGUAAGGGCCGUAACCCUGGGCCCCCUGCAGCUCCCCAGCUGGUGCAGCGGCAAGGCCAGGGGGCAGAGAGCACCUGGAAACAGCAUCAGAUUACUUUCUGGAAAGAUCCAAGCACAGAAUAUACAACAGGACUAAGCUUUCGAUUGGCCUCGAAUUUAUACCUGACUGAGAAAGUCAUAUUCCAUAUCACAUCACAACAUUGCUGCUGCUCUCUCAUCCAUCACCUGGCUGCAUGAUGCCCUGUUCCUAAAUAUUAACAAUAGGAUUGUCUAUGGAGGCUGAGCCACCCUGGCAGGCCCUCCAAAAGGAGUGAGCUAUGUGGGCUACUUAGAGAAGCCUAAGGAAACUGGUACCCCAUGACUGAGAGCAGUAUCUGCCACUGCAUAGAGACCCACCAAAAAAGGCAAGGUAAGCGUAGCCAACUGACUCCCUGAACAGUCCAUUUCAUUAGGAAUUUUAUUAUUUGAGUGAAUGUCACAUAGGUAUCCUUAAUAAUACAGAAUGAAAUUACCUUUGUAUUAUUGUGAUUAGUUGUUGCUUAUUUUAUAUUCAGUAUUAAUGUGGUACACUGUUACUUUUUUUUUUUUGCUUUGUAAAUUAUAUUCUAAUUUAUUGCCAUGUUUCCUAACACUUGUUCUACAUUCAGUCUCCUGCUUGUAAUGAAAAUGAAAAAGUCAUUGUAACACUUGAUGGAGUGAAAUUCCACACCAGGCACAGAUUUUUUUAACAUAGAUAAUUUAGUAAAAAUAAAAAUUCAGCUUGUAAGAAUGAUUC